AUGUUGAUGUUAUUUUGUAUACUACACUUGACUUAUACUGCUGUCUUUGUGUUUCUACAGAAUGACAACAAAAUCAAUGUCAUCCAUAGUGUUAUGGUUCAUGAUGCCAUUAGCAGGCCAAAGAUACUACUAGAUCAAUUUCGAGAGGGUCUUAAUACACUGGGUUUUUCCGAUCAACUAAAGAAACACCCAGACAUAUUCAGGCAAUUAUUUGUACGAGAUGAUGCCAGUAUUACUUAUGAUGAGUUAGUGCAAUGUCUCUGCUUCCCUUCUCUAAUGGAUGAAGAUGAAACUUCUACACAUAACUUCUUAAAGGAGUUUCUUCAGAAGGCUAGUAAUGAAACUCUGAGUAACUUCUUAACUUUUGCAACAGGAGCUCCAUGUUUACCCAACUUUGGGCUUGGAACAAUAGAAGUAAAGUUUGAGAGUACUGAAUCAAUCUUUGCUUCAACAUGUUUGCAACACGUGACCUUCCCCAAGCAGUUUCCAGAUCAAGCUACCUUUCGCACAGUAAUGGAUUCAGUGCUUAACACUGUUGCCAAAUCAUUUACCAAUGUGUGAUUAGAUUCAUUUUAAAAUAUCUAUGAUAUAURAUUAUUAUGAUUCUAUCUAAUCCCAGAAAAAAGACCAGAAUUAAGUUUUAUUCAAAUUGUUCAGACAAAAGGCAUCCACUGUCUCCAGUUUAAGUUCUUAAUAAUUGCUUUUUUUCAAUAUAAAUUACCAGGGGUUCUUGGGUGAAGGGUAUAAACUCUAAAAAGUUGUUUGUUACUUUACAAAGUUAUAUGGAUCUGCAUGUUUUGCUUCUAUAUUGAAGGAAGUGAAGCAAGAAAUAUACACUGUGGCUAAAUGUCCGGCAGCCGGUCGUGGGUCGUGGCCUCGCAUAGACUACAUGCCUGGCAGUCCACACUUUAGCAAUAAACUGAUAAA